AUGACCGAGCAUCAGCCCACUACUGUCGUAAAACAGCGAAGUAAUGACUUUCGACACCAUUUGAUAAAUCAACUAUGCCUCCUUGGCAUCACCGUCAUAAUAAUACACUAUUUAAAGUUUGGAUCGUCCACCGCGGCGCUCUUCUUCCGGCUUUUGGUACAGUCGGUACUUUCUAAGGUUCAAGUAUUUGCAGAGCAGUUCAGAAGAAUAUCGAUGAGAGCCCAUAGUAGACGUAUUCCAGGCUCUCGAAUGCAGGACGUUGGAGAGGCCGCGGCGCCUAACGAAGGAAACCCCCCAAUGCCUGGCACUUUCACUACCACGGCAGAUAUUCAAGAGCAAUUAUCCGAGGAAGUGAUUGAGAAUACCGCCAAUGAAGCAGAGUAUAACAUGAGGUGGCUAUUAUUUCAUUGCUGUUUUACUUUCAAUUGCAUUUCCAUCUUAAUGGCUCUUAUUUGGCCUUUAGAUUAUCAUGAGAAAAUGGGAAUAUAUCAAUUUCACGCUGAUGGCAUCGGUCUAAUACCCUCACCCUUUGAUAAUGGAAAUGGUCGUGUUGGAGGGGAACUGCAAAGGACUCUUUUUGUUCAGCUAAUAGGUGAGCGGGUUCCCGGCAGCAACUUUUGGGGCAAUGCUACUAUUGUAUUCCUUGAAUUUGUUAUAUUGAUCCUGCAGAGUAGCCUCUAUGUUCUGACGGCUCACAACUUUGCCCAACCUCUAUCAAACACUGAUGACGUGUCGGGUUCAAAUGGUAACGAAGACCAGUUCGGGGGAAGUGUGCUGGUCACAACGAUAAACCCUGUUGCCGUUCUUAAUACCCUUUUGCACGAAAGAUACGAUCAAUUUGAUUCUCAGCCUGCGGCAAGUGAAAUGGUAUGA